AUGGCAAGAACACCGGGAAUCCUGUAUGUUACCAUGCAACCCUCGGCCUCCCUCCCAGCAGCCGAAUUCCACGACUGGUAUAAUAACGAACAUGGUCCCAAUCGCCUUCGCCUCCCCUUCAUCCACAACGGUUUCCGCUACCGCGCCCGUGACACCACCACUUCAGAAGGCAAGGGCAAGCACGAAUGGAUGGCCAUCUACGAUACCGAUGACAUGGACGCCUUCAAUGCCGAACCCUACCUCGCUCUCCGCGGUGCUCCCAUUCAAACGCAAAGGGAAAGAGAUAUCCGCCCUAGUGUUGAUAUCGAUAGGAGAAGUUAUGAUCUGGUGAGCAGUAGGGAAGCUGCGGACUUUAAGAAAUUGGAGAAGAUUGAGAAUUAUGGGAGAGGCAAUGUGAUGGUUUCUGUGAGACUGUCAUUGAAGCAAGGGAAAGAUGGCAAAGAGUUGGAUAAAUGGUAUGAAGAGGAGCAUAUUGAUAUGUUGGCAAAGGUCAAGGGUUGGUUGCGUACGAGACGUUACGUCACUGCUGCCAUCGAUAACAAGGAUGAAGUCGAGUAUAUGGCUCUGCAUGAAUAUGCUCCGGAGAACGGACUUGGUGGUGACGAGUUCAAGGCUGCAGUUGAGACUCCUUGGGCCAAGGAUAUCAUGACGAACCUCGUGGCCGAGAAGGUCAGACGUGAGUAUGAGCUCUACUACACCUUCGGUCCUGCUCCUCGCGAUCUCCAAAACUUUGCUCUUGCAGGAUUCAGAAAGUGGGAGAGUCCGGCUACACAGACCAGGACUUUCUCUACUGGCAACGAUGGCGGUGCCGUCGAGUCUUAUAUCACAACUUCAGAUGGUGCAGAGCUCGGCUACAGACUUGAGGGCUCGACAAACCCCGAUGCACCUUUGAUUGUGCUCAGCAACUCCAUUUUGACCUCCUACGGCAUCUGGGAUCGCUUUGUAGAGUCCUUCCUGGCGAAGAACAGCCAAUACCGUAUCCUGAGAUACAACACCAGAGGCCGCACAAGCAAGGCUGGCGAGAAGCUCGUCACCAUGGACGUUCUGGCAUCAGAUAUCAUCUCCUUGCUCGACGCACUCAAGGUACCCAAGGCCGCCUCCAUCAUCGGUGUCAGCAUGGGCGGAGCAUCCGUUCUCAACGCUGCUUUGACCUAUCCUGACAGAAUUGGCUCAUUCAUCGCCUGCGACACCAACGACAAGAACCCCGAAGUCAACAGAAAGGCAUGGGGCGAAAGAGUCGCCAUGUGCGAAUCAGAAAAUGCUCGUGGAGAAGAGAACGAGACUAUCGUAGGAGAACAACUUGCCGAAGUUACGGUCAGAAGAUGGUUUGUCAAGGAAAGCUACGAUGGAGGUGACAUGGAAAAGGAAUGCGAAAGGGUCAAGCAGAUGGUCAUCAACAACAGUCUGGAAGGAUUCAGGAAGAGUGUGGAGGCACUGUGCGAUUACAACUUCCAGCCGCGCAUGAAGGAUGGAAAAGUUAAAGGUGUAUUUGUGGUUGGCAGUGGAGAUGGAGUUCUGCCAAAGACUAUGAAGGACAUGGCUGCCAGAUACGGCAGCAAUGGCGCCGAAUGUGUCGAGAUCGAGGGAGCUGGCCAUCUGCCCAUGGUGGAAAAGCCGGACCAGGUGGCAGAGGUUCUGGGAAAACUGGUGGCUUCGUCGUCGUAG